UGCGCGCGGGCAUGGAGGCGGUGGCGCUCGGGGGCGCGGCUCCCGGGCGAGCCGCGCGGGCCCCGGCGGCCGGCGGCGGCCACGGCGACGCCCUCGCGAGGCCAGGCCAUGCCCCUGUCGCCCGCGUGGAGGCCCUCGGGGAGCGCCGCGGCUGGAGUCGUCGACGUGAUCGCGGACAGCGAGGACGACAUACACGAGGUGGUCGACGUGAGCAGCGACGAGGACGGAGUCCAGGUGCGCGCGGGCGCUCCCCCGGUGCGCUUCCACGGCUACCGGCGGGGCAGGGAGCUCGGCAGGGGCGCGACGGGCAAGGUCUUCGUCUGCAGCAAGAAGGGCUGCGCCGGCGGGCUUGCCGUGAAGACGGUGGACCUGCGCCGUAUGCAGCUCAGCGCCAAUGCGCAGCGCGAGCUCACGUCCCUGUCCCGCGAGGUUAGCAUACUCAAGACGCUGCCACCGCACCCGAACAUUGUACGGCUCAUCGACGCGUUCGAGGAGGGGGACUGGUUUCUCCUCGUGCUGGAGCUCGUCGGCGGAGGCGACCUGUUCACUGCACUGACUGCGCGGGACCCCGCCAGGCUGUUGGAGCAGGAGUCGGCGUUUGUGUUCCUGCAGCUCGUGGACGGCCUCAGCUUCCUCCACCAGCGCAACGUCAUCCAUAGGGACGUCAAGCUGGAGAACGUGCUGGUCGCCUCGGAGCGGCGAGAGCCCCCGCUGGUGCUCUACGGCGUGAAGAUCACGGACUUCGGGCUCUCGAAGGUCGUGGGCUCGGGCGUCAGCGAGGCCCGGUCGCUGGUGGGCACCAGGCCGUACACCGCUCCCGAGGUUGUCUGGGGCGGCUCUUACGACUUCAGAUCCGACCUCUGGUGUCUCGGGGUGCUGCUGUACGUGCUGCUCGCAGGCCACUUCCCCUUCGACACCAUCCCUGGUCAGCAGGCCGAGCUGGACCGCAUCGCCGAGGGGCUGCGCGUCAGCGCAGCGGCGAGUUCAAUGGUCUCUGGGCUCCUUCGGCUGGAACCGGAGCAGAGAAUAAGCCUUCACGGUGUACGGGGCCAUGCGUGGUUUCAAGACGACGGAGAGUCUCCAGAGAGGCAGCCGAAGCGCCCUCGUGCUGCUGCGGAGGCGGCGCCCGCGGCCCAGGCGCGCGAGGAGAAAGUGGCACCCCUCCUGCCCGACCGGGCGAUAGAGCACACGUACCAGGCGUCGGGCAUCGGCGAGUGGCUGGCGCACCUCUACAAUGCCAGCAGGC